AUGUAUGAUUUCAAGCAGGACUGUAUUUUGAAGGUCGAUAUGCGCUGUGAUGCAUGUAAGAGGAAGACAUUGGAAGUACUGAACUCCAUUUGCGGUGUGUAUUCUGCGACCUUUAGUGCAAAAGAAGGGUUGGCAAAAAUAUGGGGCGAGGUGGAUCCAAAUCUACUUCUAAGCGCCUUAGCAAGAACUGGACAACAUGCAGAGAUUGUAUGGGCCAAACUCGACCAUCCAAGAAUCGAUAGAGGUUACUAUAAUGACUAUAAUGCUUAUGGUGAACAUUAUAGGUACUCUAAUUAUGGUUCGAUAGAGGACACCAAUUGGCACCGGAGGGCAUUGCCGGAUUCAUCCUACAACCAAAACUACUACUAUGAUGCUACUCCGCUGCCUGCAGCUAGGUAUGUUCCAUCAUAUACAGCGCCAGAAUAUCCAUAUGUUGAAGAUCAAUCACUGGGUUUUUGCAAUAUAAUGUGA